UUGUGUUUGUCCUUCACCCCAUUAUAGUUUUUUGUUGUUGUUGUUGUUUUCUUUUUCUUGUCUUUUCAGUUUUAUGUCAUAGCGAUUGUCAUGCUCUGUCCUGAAUGGCCAAGGCUGGAUGAGUCCUCAGAAAGGUGGGUGUGUCAGUGUGCAGGCUGAGGUAAAGGAUCUCCCUGAUGGGGAACUGCUACCUUUGUCUUAAGAGAUGGAUUUAUAACUAUUACCAAAUGAUGAUCAUGAAGAUAAAGCUGGACUGCAAAUCCAGCUUCAUUAUCCGAGAGCCACAUAUGACGUCAGUGAUAUCUGCAGGCGCAUAUCUCUAGUCACAAUUCAGAAUAUGGUCUUUUCCUCUAAUAGGAACAGCACCCAAUGAAAUGACAGUCAGUGGGUUUCAAAUUGUUCUGAAUGAGAAUUGAAUGUGGUCUAGCAAAUGGAUGAAAUGGAAAAUGAUGUUGCUCUGAGUCUGUGUCUCUGUUGCUGUAUACAGGCACGAGGCGAGACUCCUGGUCUGGCAUCACUGUUUCUACAAGCAGGGCCUGGAGGAGCUCUGUACACCAUAGACAGCAUGCCAGACUUGCGCAAACGCAAGGCCAUUCCUCUGGUUCGAGAUUUGUCCCUUGUCCAGAACUCUCGCAAGGCUGGAAUCACCUCUGCUAUGGCCUCCAGCACGCUCAACAACGAGGAGUUGAAGAGUCAUGUGUAUAAGAAGACCCUCCAGGCUUUGAUCUACCCCAUUUCCUGCACUACUCCCCAUAACUUUGAGGUGUGGACGGCCACUACGCCAACUUACUGCUACGAGUGUGAAGGGCUGUUGUGGGGUAUUGCUCGACAGGGUAUGCGCUGUACUGAGUGCGGUGUCAAAUGUCAUGAGAAGUGCCAGGACCUGCUCAACGCUGACUGUUUACAGAGAGCUGCAGAGAAGAGCUCUAAGCACGGUGCAGAGGAUCGGACUCAGAACAUUAUCAUGGUUCUUAAGGAUCGCAUGAAAAUCCGAGAGAGAAACAAGCCAGAGAUCUUUGAACUCAUCCAGGAUGUGUUUGGAGUCCCCAAAACCACUCACGUCACCCAGAUGAAGCAGGUCAAGCAAAGUGUCUUGGAUGGAACAUCCAAGUGGUCAGCCAAGAUCAGCAUCACAGUUCUGUGUGCCCAGGGCCUGCAGGCCAAGGAUAAAACUGGCUCCAGUGAUCCCUAUGUAACAGUGCAAGUGGGCAAAACCAAGAAGAGGACCAAGACCAUCUACGGUAACCUCAAUCCUGUCUGGGAUGAGUCUUUCAAUUUUGAGUGCCACAACUCUUCAGAUCGGAUAAAGGUGCGAGUGUGGGACGAGGACGAUGACAUCAAAUCACGUGUCAAGCAGAAGUUCAAGCGAGAGUCAGAUGACUUCCUGGGGCAGACAAUCAUCGAGGUGCGGACACUGAGUGGAGAAAUGGAUGUGUGGUACAACCUCGACAAGCGUACGGACAAGUCUGCUGUGUCAGGAGCCAUCCGAAUGCACAUCAGUGUGGAGAUCAAGGGAGAGGAAACAGUGGCCCCUUAUCAUGUCCAGUACACCUGCCUACAUGAGAAUCUCUUCCACUAUGUGACGGAUCUUCAGAACAACGGCGUGGUGAAGAUCCCAGAUGCUAAAGGUGACGAUGCCUGGAAGGUCUACUUCGAAGAGACACCUCAGGAGAUUGUGGAUGAGUUUGCUAUGCGUUAUGGAGUGGAAUCUAUAUACCAAGCCAUGACACACUUUGCCUGUCUGUCAUCUAAGUAUAUGUGCCCGGGAGUGCCAGCAGUGAUGAGCACUCUGCUGGCUAACAUCAAUGCGUAUUACGCCCACACCACUCAGGCUACCAAUAAUGUCUCUGCUUCCGACCGUUUCGCUGCGUCCAACUUUGGGAAAGAGCGAUUUGUAAAACUCCUGGACCAACUACACAACUCUUUGAGGAUUGACCUCUCCAUGUAUAGGAAUAAUUUCCCAGCCAGCAGUCCUGAGAGGCUGCAGGAUCUCAAAUCCACUGUGGACUUACUCACCAGUAUCACUUUCUUCAGAAUGAAGGUCCAAGAGCUACAAAGUCCUCCUCGUGCCAGUCAGGUUGUGAAGGACUGUGUGAAGGCCUGCCUGAACUCCACAUAUGAAUACAUUUUCAACAACUGCCAUGAGCUGUACAGCCGCGAGUACCAGACCGACCCGUCAAAGAAAGGUGAGGUUCCUCCCGAAGAACAGGGUCCAAGCAUCAAGAACCUUGACUUCUGGUCCAAACUGAUCACCCUAAUCGUGUCUAUCAUUGAGGAAGACAAGAACUCCUACACUCCCUGCCUUAACCAGUUUCCACAGGAACUGAAUGUAGGGAAGAUCAGCGCAGAGGUCAUGUGGAAUCUGUUCGCCCAGGAUAUGAAGUAUGCCAUGGAGGAGCAUGAAAAGAACCGGCUCUGUAAGAGUGCUGAUUACAUGAAUCUGCACUUCAAAGUGAAAUGGCUUUACAACGAGUACUGCAAAGACCUGCCUUUCUUCAAGAGCAGAGUACCAGAGUACCCAGCGUGGUUCGAGCCUUUUGUAAUCCAGUGGCUGGAUGAGAAUGAGGAGGUUUCUCGAGACUUUCUGCAUGGAGCUCUAGAAAGGGACAAAAAAGAUGGAUACCAGCAGACAUCAGAACACGCUCUUUUUUCCUGCUCAGUGGUGGAUGUCUUUUCCCAGCUCAACCAGAGCUUUGAAAUUAUCAAAAAGCUGGAGUGCCCCGACCCACAGAUUGUGGGUCACUACAUGAAGCGUUUUGCUAAGACAAUAAGCAAUGUUCUGCUCUCCUAUGCCAGCAUCAUUUCCAGAGACUUCCCUAACCACUGCACCAAGGAGAAAGUGAAUGCAAAAGAUAGCGCUAUAAAGCCCUGUAUUCUGAUUAACAACAUUCAGCAACUCCGGGUACAGCUGGAGAAGAUGUUUGAGGCCAUGGGGGGCAAGGAUCUGAAUGUUGAGGCUAGCGACAUCCUAAAGGAGCUGCAGAUAAAGCUCAACAAUGUUCUGGAUGACCUGGCCAGGAUCUUUGCCACCAGUUUCCAGCCCAACAUUGAGGAGAAUGUGAAGCAGAUGGGAGACAUUCUGAGCCAAGUGAAAGGCACAGGCAAUGUGCCAGCUAGCGCCUGCAGCAGCGUGGCUCAGGAUGCAGACAAUGUACUGCAGCCCAUCAUGGACUUCCUGGACAGCAACUUGUCACUGUUUGCUAAGAUAUGUGAGAAGACAGUUCUGAAGCGGGUGCUAAAGGAGCUCUGGAAACUUGUUAUGAACACCAUGGAGAAGACCAUCGUUCUCCCUCCUCUAACUGAUCAAACGGGUACACAGCUAAUUUUCAAUGCUGCUAAGGAGCUUGGCCAGCUUUCCAAGCUGAAGGAGCACAUGGUGCGUGAGGAGGCCAAGGCCUUAUCACCAAAGCAGUGUGCAGUUAUUGAGUUGGCCCUGGAUACCAUCAAGCAAUAUUUCCAUGCUGGAGGAGUGGGCCUAAAGAAGACCUUUCUGGAGAAGAGUCCUGACCUGCAGUCUCUCCAUUAUGCCCUGUCUCUCUAUACACAAGCCACAGACAAGCUCAUCAAAACCUUUGUCCAGUCACAGAAUGCACAGGGCUCUGGGAUGGAUGAUGCCGUGGGAGAGGUGUCCAUCCACGUUGAGAUCUUCACUCAUCCCAACACAGGCGAACACAAGGUGACAGUAAAAGUGGUUGCAGCAAACGACCUGAGGUGGCAGACAUCUGGAAUAUUCCGACCCUUUGUAGAGGUCUACAUCAUCGGACCCCACCUGAGUGACAAGAAGAGGAAGUACGCCACUAAAUCAAAGAACAACAGCUGGGCUCCCAAAUACAAUGAAACAUUCACAUUCACGCUGAGUAACGAGGUGGGGCCGGAGUGUUAUGAGCUGCAGGUGUGUGUGAAGGACUACUGCUUUGCACGGGAGGACCGCACUGUGGGCAUGGCUGUGCUGCAGCUGAAGGAUGUGGCACCAAGGGGUAGCGUGGCCUGCUGGCUCCCGCUCGCCAAACGCAUCCACAUGGAUGAGACGGGACUGACUGUGUUGCGCAUUCUCUCGCAGCGCAACAAUGACGAUGUGGCCAAGGAAUUUGUCAAGCUUAAGUCUGACCAGCGCUCAGCCGAGGAGGGCCGAGGGAGCUAAAGGUAUUAAUGAAGGAAUUGUGUAUUUGCAAAAUAACUGCCCACCACGUUUUUCUGUUGAGUGUUGCACUAAAACAGACCGCUAACACACACACCUGCCAUAACCUGCUAUGAGGCUUGUCUGACAAGCACGAGGCAGCACAUGAAAAGAUACAGGUACAAAACCUUGUACCUCUAUAAUACUUGAUGUCUGUGGUGUGCUUGAUUUUCAAAAGUACAUAUUAUAUGACACAACCUCAUGGUUGAAAGAUAUUUAAAGAACAACAUAUUUAUCUAGCUAAU